AGCCACGCGGCGGAGGUGGAGAGCUGCAGCCAAUGGAAAGCGUCGCGUUGAAGAGCAGAAGAACCGAAACCGAGCAGAGCUUCAGCUUCUACGACUUGGAGUUCCUGUAGACACCACGCUCAUCCUGAAAGGACGCAAAAACCCGGAAUACAAACCUCCAAAGCUCGGGCUGUGGUGCAUAUAUUUAUCAUUAUUGGCAUUUUUCUUGCUUGCGAAACAUCUGCUGAAGCAUUAUGACUGACAGGAAAGCUGUGAUCAAGAAUGCUGACAUGUCUGAGGACAUGCAGCAGGAUGCAGUGGACUGUGCAACACAGGCCAUGGAGAAGUACAACAUCGAGAAGGACAUCGCCGCGUACAUCAAAAAGGAGUUUGACAAGAAGUACAACCCAACAUGGCACUGCAUUGUGGGAAGAAACUUUGGCAGCUACGUCACCCAUGAGACGAAGCACUUCAUUUACUUCUACUUGGGCCAGGUUGCCAUCCUCCUGUUCAAAUCAGGCUGAAGUCCUACAGCGAGUGUAGAAUGUUCUUUUUUUCCAACAUGGACCAAGAUGCACUAGUGGCCAAUGUCCCGUCUAACCACAUGCUACAAAUAUUAAACAAGGCCAUACCAUGACUGUGCUGACUGUGCGUAACUGCAUGGGCUGUGUACCAUACUAAUUGUGCAUAUGUUGCAGUUAAGUUGCUUUUCAGUAGGUGUCCCAUGUUUCUCGGGAGAGUUUUAGUUUUUUGGUCCUGAUGAAGUUUGUUCGAGCAUAGGAUCUGUGAGGGGCAGGAGGGAAUUUGGUUAAAUAAAGCAAUGGCAGAAUCAAAUCCAAAAAAAAAAAAAAAAGUGCAUUUGUAUUAUUUUUCUCCUAAGACAUGUUUUGUUUAAGUAGUCAUCACUGCCAUGUAGGUCCAACGAGCACAGUGUGUGUGUUUGUGUGCAUCACGGUGGAGAGAGAGUAAUGAAAAUAAUUAAUGUUGGUUCAUUUAUACUUUGAUUGUUUUUGCCAAUUGUUUGUCAUUGGUUUCAGAUCAUGCUUGUUUGCUAGGAUCUGGAUAGGUUACAGAUGCACAAAUCGCACUCGUAUUCCGUGAAUCUGUAUUUCCUUUUGUUUUUUUCCUGAAAGAUCCUUACAAUGUUACAAAGUGAAUUGUCUAUUGGGGGGAAUCAUUUAAGGUACAUUAAACACACUGCUUUUCCUCAGGAUGUGUUCAGCAUCAUUUUGUGUUUCAUUUCUUUCUUGUCACUUGCCUGAAUGUAAAUGUUGGGCUGUGUGCACAGGAUUGUUCACCGCCUUCAAUCUGCUAUCAAGUUUGAAAUUAUUUACAUACCAUCUCCCCCAUCUUCUUAUAAGGUGAAGGUUUGGGUGACUUGUAUGUUUUUGCCAUGUCUGUGUAUGUCUGCCCAUCACCUCAUGCCUCCCUCUACUGGUAGUCCUGUGAAUUACUAAUACUCCAUUUCACUGUACCCUCACAGGUACAUGCUGCCCAUGACAUAAAGCCAGUCAGUCAUUCUUAAAAUGUGUAAAUGAUCUCUGGGUUUUGUUUGCAUUAGUAAUUUUGCUGUAUUGUGGAAUAUCAAUAAAGAAAUAGUUACACAUUGGU